AUGACUGCCUUAUUUGCAACUGCUUUUGAUUUAUGUGCUUCUUAUCUGGACUCGCGAGUGUUCAAACCUGCAUCAUAUCGGGCAACUCGUUGGUUCCGCUGCUUUAUGGCAUUUUCUGUGAUCCAGAACACGCGAACUGUAUUUGAAAUCCGUAAUGUGAACAAACCAGGUCAAAUUGGCCCACUGCAUUUUAUGCGUUUCAUCAGCAUUUGCUGGGUGAUCAUUGGACAUGCGGCAAUGGGUUACUUGUCCAUGUGCUGUAAGUUUGCUUAA